GCCGUAGAGGCAUAGACGAUAAACUUUGUUCGUUGCACUGACAUGAAUGCGAAUCCCUAAUUUUUCUUAUUUUGGUUCUUAGAGAAAACAAGAAGAAAAUCUUAUUUUGCACUUGAGAGUUUGUACUUUGGACAAAGAUUCAUGAAAAUGAAAUAAGAAAUCCUUAAACUACCCAAGGAAACAUAAAAAUAGCUUCCUUCCUUUUCUCUGUCAUGUCAAAAGAAAUUUUCAGAUUCUCUCAGAAAAAAAAAACCAUAUUUUUGCAUAGAAUUUUGAGCCAAUUUGCUUCCAAUUGAUGAAUAGAACAAAGCUACAUUUGCUUUAAACGAUUCCUCUCUUGAUAAACCCAUCAACACUUCUUCCUCUUAUCAUUAUUUUCAGCUCCAAAAAACAUUUCCACUAAUCUCCCUUGUUUAGGAACUAGCUGCUUUGCUAAGUUUGGUACUCGACUCACCAUAAUGAAGGAAACUAUCUAUUUUCAGUUCAUUUCUGUUCAUCUUUGCGACUGCCUUUAAGCAGGAUAAGGCAUAAAUAGAUACGCAGAAACAUGGGCACUCCUGCCGAGUCAAAGAGAAGAGUGGCAUUCGUGUUGAUCGAUGGAUUGGGGGAUGUAUCAAUACCGAAGUUUGGGUGUAAGACUCCUCUGCAGGCUGCAAAUGUUCCAAACUUGGAUGCCAUAGCAUUAGCUGGAGUUAAUGGCCUCAUGGAUCCUGUGGAAGUAGGUUUGGGUUGUGGGAGUGACACUGCUCACCUUUCGCUGUUGGGCUAUGACCCCAGAGUAUAUUACCGAGGACGUGGUGCAUUUGAGUCCAUGGGGGCUGGAUUGGCGAUGUCACCUGGAGAUAUUGCAUUCAAGUCAAAUUUUGCAACUUUGGAUGAGAAAACUGGCAUAGUUACGAGUAGGAGAGCUGACAGGCAUUUUGAAGAAGAGGGGCCUAUCCUUUGUGGUGCCCUGGAUAGAAUGAAGCUUCCAUCUUUUCCUGAGUAUGAAGUCAGAGUCAGGUAUGCAACAGAACACCGAUGCGGAGUUGUUGUUAAAGGGCCAAGACUCAGUGGAAAUAUAUCAGGAACUGACCCAUUGAAGGACAACCGCUUACUUCUGGAAGCCAAAGCUUUAGAUGACACAGAUGAAGCAAGACACACGGCUGCAGUUGUUAAUGAGUUAUCCUGGGAGAUUUCGAGGAUACUGGUGUCUCACCCGUUGAAUGCAAAAAGAUUAGCAGAAGGGAAGAACAUUGCUAACAUUGUCCUUCUAAGAGGCUGUGGUAUUCGAAUCGAGGUUCCUCCAUUUCAAAAGAAACAUGACUUGUGGCCUUGCAUGGUGGCACCCACAAAAAUUAUUGCAGGAUUGGGCCUAUCACUUGAUAUCAAUAUCCUAGAAGCUCCUGGUGCAACUGGGGACUAUCGAACACUUAUAACUUCAAAAGCAACUGCCAUAGCUAAGGCGCUUUCUGCUCCUUUACAGACUUGUCCUAAUGUCUUUGUUCCAGGGGAGGAUGAGCACAAGCCUGGCAGAUCAGAUGGCUAUGAUUUUGGAUUUCUCCAUAUCAAGGCAAUAGAUGAUGCAGGUCAUGAUAAGGCAACUGUUUUCAAAGUAAAAGGAUUAGAAGCUGUAGAUCAAGCUAUAGGGCAGCUGGCUAAGCUCAUGUGGCAGGCUGAGUCAACCGGAAACUUUCAAUAUUUUAUUUGCGUCACUGGUGACCACUCUACACCUGUUGAAUAUGGAGAUCACAGUUUUGAGCCAGUUCCAUUUGCAAUAUGCCGGUUGAAAGAUUUUGUGGGUGCCAUUGGUGGGGAGUCUGUUAUUUUGAAACCUUCUCUUGAUCCUUUUCCUCUUCCAACCGUUAAGGCGGGUGAAGACCUAAAUGAAGACAUUACUUUAGGAAAAGGGAGAAAUUGCAAGCAAGUUGAAUCAUUAUCUGGUGAUUCAGUUUUCGAGUUUAACGAGAUUGCUGCAGCGAGGGGUGCUCUUGGACGGUUUCCCGGUGGAGAGAUGAUGGGAAUUAUAAAGAGAUUUCUUAAAUUAAGUGCUUGACUAUCAUUAGCUCUCAGUAUCUGUAUCAGGUACUUCUAAUCCUAAAUAGACUGCUGUUAUCGAAUGAUAACCAUUGUUCUUCUUUUGUAAGCAAAAUAAAGAUUGCAUCUUAACAGUGGCACACAUUUUUUGAAUAAAGCAGUUCCUAUUUCUUGUUCA